AUGGAGCGCACACAGCAGUCCGAGGUGUUUGCUGCCAGCCGAAUUCCUGGCAGGAAUCAAGAUGAGAUAAAGGUGGUGAACCUAGUGGUUUUUAAGGACAGCACUGCUGGGCUAGUGUUUGAGCAUAGUGCCGUGGAUGGGAUGGUGGCUGGACUUGUGACAGAACAACAUAAGAGCCUCAUCAAAAACAGCAAAAGUGGUCAAGGAGUCGGUCCUCAUCUAGCUGCUUUGCGUCGACUUUUGCCAUCUGAUAAUCCACUGAAAAGGUUCCUGGACCCCUUUGGAUGUCCAUCUGUGUACCUGACAGGAACAGACAUGAUGGAGGGUGUGGAGUGUGGAGUAGGAAAUGUUUAUGCCAAAGAUCAGCUUGCUGUGACCUACCUUGGAAAAAGAGACAAGGUUCGCAUUGUGCUAAAUGGGAAAGGGAGAUUUGCUUUGACACUUGAGAAACUUAAAGAAAGCCUGAGGAAAAACCUCAAGUUAGUGAUGCUUUUAGCGGUUAGAUAUGCCAUUGCAAACCAAAUGGGUGCCCUGGAAUGUGUGCUCCAACAGGCACAAACAGACAAAAUGCAUGAAGAGAGGAAUCACUGCGCUGUGAGGCUGGACAAUGGGAAAUGCAUCGCUGAUUCCCCUUCUUGCACAAACUCUGACUACACUCUGGUGAUCCAUGGUGGUGCAGGAGAAGAGAUGAUGUUAAACACUGAAGUGAUUGGGGUAAUUGAGUUUGCUCUACAGACAGCUUUAACCCUUGGAUCCCAAGUGCUGGCACAAGGUGGAAGAAGUCUUGACGGAGUCCAGAGGUCAGUGGAAGCUCUAGAGGACUGCUUCCUGUUCAAUGCAGGUAAAGGCUCAGUAUUCAACAAAGAUGGAAAAAAUGAAAUGGAAGCAACCAUCAUAGAUGGCAAUGCAAUGAGUUCAGGUUCUGUUGCUUGUGUGAAAAGUGUGAAGAACCCAAUAAAAGCAGCCAGGUGUGUCUUGGAGAAAAGCUCACAUUCACUCAUUGUGGGGGACGGAGCUGAAGAGUUUCUGCAUGGUUUGGAGGGCAACGAUAAACCUGUUGAGCCUGAAUAUUUCUACACUGAUAUACGUCAAAAGGAGUUAGCUGCAAAGCUCAGUGGUGGGAAUAACUCAAAAAACAAUCACCCUCAGACAGUUGGAGCUGUGGCGUUAGAUCGCUGGCAUGGGUUGGCUGCUGCAUCUUCCACAGGUGGGGUAGUAGGAAAACUGAAAGGGCGAGUUGGGGAUACAGCAGUGGUGGGGGCAGGAAUCUAUGCUGAUGACAAAGUGGCUAUUACGUGCUCCGGAGAUGGAGAUGCAUUUUUGAGACACACAAUAGCACAGAAAAUAGCCAGCCUCUACAAUCACAAGGGGUACAGUAUUAGGGAAGCGUGUAGAGAAGUGAUGACCAAAAGUCUGAAUGGGAUUUGUGGAGGAAUAAUUGCUGUUGAUAAGAAAGGUGAUGCCACCAUUGAAACAAAUGCUGGCGUGAUGUUUGUGGCAUCAAUGGUGAACGGCAUUUCAAGGGUAGAGGUCCUGAGGCCCAUGAUGAGCUUCUCUGAUGUAAUCUGGGAAACAGAUGAGCUGGUUGCUUUCCUAAAUCCAAACCCCUGGAUCCCUGGGUCAACCAUUCUGACAAGAAAAACUCUUAGUGGGGCAAGGAGCAUCUUCGACUUGGCUAUACCUGAUUUUGUGUCAAUGUUACAAGGGGCAAGAGUUGUUUCAAGCUUGCUAUGUGAGCGAUUGGGAGUGCAGCGAUGUGCAAUGGUUUUCAAUCCAACACCUGACAAGCCAGCACAGAUAAGACUGCUGCCUCUCCAUGGCCUUGAGCCGAAGUGGCAACCCCAUCUUGCUUGUGAAGAGGAAUUCCAUCAUUUUGAUCCAGGCUACUGCACCUCAAAAAGUGGCCCCAGCUGGGAUGAUGAAACACUGGCCCAGGUGCAAGCCAAGAUUAGAAGUGGAUUGCCAACACCAAAUUCACCCUCCUGCUUUGACUUUUUUGGAGAUGCUUCCAAUGACAAUGUUUUCAGUCGUAUUGUACGUGGAGAGCAGCAACAGUGGAGAGUGUGGGAAGACAAUGAACAUGUUGCCUUCCUGACACCGUACCCAAACACUCCUGGACUAACAGUUGUGGUUCCUCGUAGGCAACUGUCCAGUGACAUCUUUAAACUGGAGGAAGCAGACUACAAAGCCCUAAUCUUAGCCAUCUACAAAGUUGCCCGACUAGUGGAGGAGGGAAUGGGUGCUCGAGGUGUUGCACUAAUCUUUGAAGGCUUUGAGAUUGACUAUGCUCAUGCCAAGCUGAUCCCUCUGGUACCUUCACCAGAUGGCACCAAGUCUGCUGAGCUGCAACCUGAAUACUUCCAAAAAUAUCCUGGAUAUGUGUCAUCACUGGAUGGCCCAGCAGCUGAUCCUGAAACCCUCCUAAAGAGCCACACAAAAAUUACCCAAUGCAGGCCUCCUCAUUCAUGGAAAGACCCUCAGUCUCACUCCACACUUGCCAUCAAGAGCCAUUGGUAUCGUAACAUGUUCAAAAUUCAAAACACUCUUUUCCACAGCACAGUUGAAUAUUUCCACACUACAUGCCAGUACUCCUAUGCUCUUACCCCCCUCACCACAGACACCAUCUCCUCCCCCAUGGGCCUUGGGUCUGACUCUGAACCAGUUUCUGUUAACCUGCUUGGCCAGGACAUCUACCUUGCUGACUCAAUGCAGUUUGUACUUGAAUACUUCCUUCGCUUUCAGGAGAACCUGCCAGGGACAUACUACAUAUCUCCCAGCUUCAGGGGAGAAGACCCUGAUGCCACACACUUAAACCAAUUCUACCAUGUGGAGUGUGAACUGCUGGGUGACAUGGACAAUGCCAUCUCCAUAGCAGAGGGAUUCCUGGCUCAUCUCACCAAGUCUAUGUUGAAGAAGCACUCUGAUAUAAUCCUUGACACUGCUGGGACCCUUACACAUGUCAAAGCCAUGCUAAGUAAGUUGGAUGGGAAAACUGUGCUACCAAGGGUAUCUCUAAACCAGGCCAUUCCCAUGAUGCCAUCUGCAGACUGCUUGGAAUGGGUUCAAGAUGGCCAACCCCAGUUUGGAAGAAAGCUAACACGCAAAGGAGAACGGGUCUUGAUUGAGAAGUUUGGUGGUGCUGUGUGGCUGACUGAGAUGGACCAUCUAGGGGUUCCCUUCUACCAGGCAUAUGUGGAGGGAACUGGACGGAGCAAAGCCAAAGCUGCGGAUCUUCUUUUGGGGCUGGGUGAGACUGUAGGCCUUGGUGAACGUCAUUCCACCUCUGAGAUGGUACAGGAUGCCCUCAGGCACCAUGGAGUGCUAGAGCAGUCCUACAAAUGGUACAUUAACAUGCGUCAAGUGAAACCACUCCUCACCAGUGGAUGGGGUAUGGGGACGGAACGUUACUUGUGUUGGCUGCUUCAGCAUGAUGAUAUCAGAGAUAUUCCAAUCAUUCCUAGGAUGAAAGGAAUGAAGUACAUGCCUUGAUCUUGGAUUCCCUUAUUAUUAUCAGGAAAAUAGAUUAACUGGUAACAAUUAAGCAAAAGCAGAAUAUUCAAUAUAGAUUUUAACCAAGAAAAUGCCUCAAUCAUCCAUACUUAGGCUUCUUAAAAACUUAACCAAUUAUUUCUCAUUUUGUGUCCAUGGAUAGACCCAAACUUCUCGGUAACUACAAUGUUAAAUGUAAAAAGAUCUUUACUCUGAUGUGUUAAAGAAUAAAGUAAUACAAUUGAAUAAAUAAAUAAC